UAUCCCCUCCCCUCCCCUUUCUCUCUUCCUCCACCUCCACCUCCACCUCCACCUCCACCAAAGAAAGCAAACCCUAGCCACCACCAAUCGUUGUCGCCGUCUGUCGGAGUGAGAGACUGCUGCCACCGUCCGUCGCACUCAAGAACUUCCGUCUUCGUGCUAUCGGUCCUCUCGCUGGAUCCUCCGCGUCGUUUGCUCGCGUCUCGCCUCUCUCCUCUGUGCUCGGCUGCUCGCGCCUCCCUUCGCCAGUGAGUGCUCGAGCUGUGCGUGUUGGUUGCCUCUCAGUCUCACUCGAGUCUCGUCUCAGUCACACUGCUAGCAUCUCGUGGUUCGUCUGUCUCGUCGCCGGCGGCAGAAGCAACUCGUGGGGUUGUCUCUUGCUUCGUCGCCUUCCGUGGGUGGUCGCCGACUCGCCGUCGACCGUUGAAGGUUCAGUGUUGGCUUCAACUUUCAAAUGGGAAUUGGGAGCUGGUGAAGAUAAUAACAUCUUCUGGAACUGAGUCUGUUGUUUCACAGCCUGAUGGGAAAGUUUUAAUGCACGAUGAAAGCUUAAUAUCAGCAAAUCCUGAUAUUCUUGAUGGAGUGGAUGACCUCAUGCAACUUAGUUAUUUAAACGAACCUUCAGUCUUAUACAACUUACAAUAUAGAUACAACCAGAAUAUGAUCUAUUGAACCAGUGACUAGAGUGGUUCGAUGACUGGUCCGGUUUUCAGAACCUUGGUUCUCAGUUCUUGAGCACAUCGAUAUACUCCUUUAGGAACGAAGACUUGCUGUUUGGUGGAUUUCUUUUUCAGAGUCACUGCGAGGGAAUACUUCUUUGGGUUGCGAAUCUCAAGAACAGCUCCUGUCGCUCUCUAAAGUCUCAACGUACUGAUCCGUUUCCUCUUCGAAAUGCUAACCAAUAGUUUGGUGCUUAUGGAAUACUAAUCUUAACAAAAUUCAUAACGCUUUGAAUGUUCGGGCCUUGUGUUCUCCAUCUGAAGGAAAUGACACGCGUAUUCUACUGAAUCGGGAAAAAGAGAAGACAAUGGCUUUGGUUGAUGUUAUCAUUUCUUGCACCGAUUCCCUCAAACAGAUAUCAGAGCAUGUGGAAGAUGCUAUUGUUUAUUUAGAUGCUGGUUCUACAGAGAGUUUCCAGUUUAUAGGGGCAUAUCCUAUACUUCUUGAUCUUGGAGCACAAGCUAUUUGCAGUUUGGAAAGUAUGUCAGUACUUGAUGCGGUGGCUGAUUGGAACUCACAUUCUAAUCCUGCGGGGAAAUUUGUGGUUAUUACAUCACGCCUAUUAAGUGAUGCACAUCGGUAUAUUUUACGUUGCCUGAGUGCACAUCAAGUUGUUCGUCACUGCGUUAUAUUUACAUCUAUCUCAGAGGCAGCUCAUUCGGUGUUUCCGGAUUCACCUCUGGGACCAGAUGCCUAUCGUGAAUAUGAAUCCUUAUUGGUUCAAGAUUAUGACGAACUAAAUAAGAAAUCUGGGGCAAAACCUAGGCAGUUUGGUAGUAAAGUCCAGGCAAAGAUUAAAUUUGAAGACGGAGGACGUUCAAAACUUUCUCCCAGUGGAGAGGAUGUUCCUCAUCUUGAAGCUAGUUCAAGUGGAAGAGAUUUUUUGGAACAGACUCCAUUGGACUCCACUGAAGAUGCAGUGUUUAAAUUGGAUGUUUCUGUUCAUCAUUUUCCAAUGAUUUUAUGUCCCUUAUCACCAAGAGUAUUUGUUCUACCUUCAGAAGGAUUGGUGGCUGAAGCACACUUAUCAUCUGAGCAUGAGGAUUCCAUUGGUCCUGGAUUUCCUCCCUUAAGUACUGGUAUGCUUUCUGAUACAGAUGAUGUGCCUCCAGGUGCAACUCUCACAGCACACUUUCUCUACCAUUUGGCGGCCAAGAUGGACUUGAAAAUGGAAAUUUUCUCCCUUGGGGAUAUGUCAAAAACUGUUGGAAAAAUUUUGACUGACAUGUCAAGUCUUUACGAUGUAGGCCGCCGUAAACGGUCAGCAGGACUGUUACUCAUUGAUCGCACACUUGAUCUCCUUACUCCUUGCUGUCAUGGUGACUCACUAUUUGACCGUAUGUUCUCUUCUUUGCCCCGAAGGAAUCGAAUUUCCAAUACCCAAGGUAAAGGUUCAGGGCUCCAGCUCAAACUUGGUUCUUCGUACCUGCAACGUGCUCCUUUAGAUGCUCAGAUACCACUUACAAAGAUCCUUAAUGAUGAAGAUUGGCAAAUAAACAACUUUCGGCUUUUAGAAAGUGUUGAAGCUUUUCUAUGUGGUUGGAACUCUGGUGAUUCUGAUUCUCAGGUUACAGGUUUGAUUAAUCUUGGUCAGAAAAUUCAUGAAAAAGAGAGUCACUCUAGUGCAGAAAUACUCAUUGGAUCUUUUGUUUCCUCUGAAACUUUCCGUGGAACCCCAUUCUUGGAAGCUAUACUGGAUAGAAGAACAAAAGAUGGGGGCUUACUAGUAAAGAAAUGGCUACAAGAAACUCUGCGCAGGGAAAACAUUACUGUAAAUGUGAAAUCCCGUGCUGGUUUUGUUACAAAACCUGAGCUACAAGCUAUGAUCAAAGCAUUGACUGGGAGCCAAUCAUCUUUGCUGAAGAAUAAAGCAAUUAUCCAAAUUGCUUCAGCCACAUUGUUUGCACUUGAAGAAACAAAUUGUACCAAGUGGGAUGCAUUUAGCAGUGCAGAGAAGAUUCUGAGUGUGAGUUCAGGGGAAACCAGUCAAAGUCUUGCUGCUCAAAUUGGUGAUCUCAUCAAUAAGAGUGCUCUGUUGGGAUCUCAAGUAAAUAAAGGGAAAAGUGAGAUGUCAAAAGGGUUACUUUCUUUGCAAGAUGCUAUUCUGUUGAUGAUUGUUGGAUAUAUAUUGGCCGGUGAAAAUUUUCCAUCAUCUAGUUCUGAAGGCCCAUUUUCUUGGCAGGAGGAACGCUUGUUAAAAGAUGCUGUUGUAGAUGCCCUUCUUGAAAAUCCAUCAGUUGCAAAUCUCAAGUUUCUAGAUGGGAUAAGGGAAGAGCUUGAGAAAAAUGUAUGCAAGUCAAAAUCGGAGAAAGAUACUGAAAAACUAGACAUCGAUGAUUUUGAUGAUGAGCAGUGGGGGGAAUGGGGGGAUGAAGAUGUUGAGGAUGACAGCAAAAAUGAACAAGCGUAUGGUGACGUGCAACUUAAGUUGGAGUUGCGCGACAGGGUGGAUAACUUGUUCAAAUUUCUUCAUAAGUUAUCCAAUCUGAAAAGAAAGAAUAUACCACUUAGGGAUGGAUCAUUGACCAUGGAAGGCAAUUUCAGUGAGGAUUCCUAUAUGGGGAAAGGAUUACUUUAUAAGCUACUAACAAGGGUGCUAGGCAAGUAUGACGUGCCAGGGUUAGAAUAUCAUUCUUCCACUGUAGGUCGUCUGUUCAAAAGCGGGUUUGGCAGAUUUGGCCUUGGUCAGGCAAAACCAAGUCUUGCUGAUCAAAAUGUCAUUUUGGUGUUUGUUAUUGGGGGCAUUAAUGGAGUCGAGGUUCGUGAAGCUCAAGAGGCAUUGGCUGAAAGCGGAAGACCUGACAUAGAAUUGCUUGUUGGUGGAACAACUCUUCUAACUCCUGAAAACAUGCUUGAUUUAUUGCUAGGGGACUCCAGUUUCUUUUAAUUCUUUUGUUUGCAUAUGUAGGAGAUAGAAAUCCAAUUUAUUUUAUUUUAUUGUAUCUCCUAAAUCAUGUAUGUUAUAAAUGAUAUAGAUUACCGGAUAAAAGUUUUGAUCUUUAUCAAAAUCUGAAGGGAAAUGAACCUAAGAUAGGGUAUUUUGCCAAACCCUUGGUAAAAUGGAAUGUUUAGUUAUCUCAUGCUAACAGGAACAUUAGCAGACUAGCAUUGAUCAACGAGUUGAAUGAAAUGAAAGAUUGUGUUAAAAUUA